AUCAAAACAACGCGGAGAGCCAGUCAAUGCAUCUUUACAUCUCUCCUACUCGUUCUCCAGUGAUCUAACGGCUAUGGGACGCUGCCACAAGCUUCCCCACGUCCCCAAGCAUGCGUGGGGGAAAGGAAACAGUGACAGACGGGCUGUGGGAAGAUAUGGCGGUGAACGUAAUGGUAGAAGAACGCAAUAUAGACUCUCCACUUACCAAAGGAUUAGCAGAAGACGCCUCCCCUGCAGUACUCCCGGUCUCUUGGUCCCGGAGGUUCAUGGAGCUCGUUAAGGAAGCUUUGGGUCUCUCGCUCCUUGUCGAUUGUGGUAAGGCUCAACGUGACGUGGGGAACAGUUGAGCCACGCACCGGUCCAGGAAGUGAAUCUGUCCUGGGAAACUAUCACGUGAGCCGCGAGCCGUUGAAGGAGGACUGUGUGUGUGUCCGCCCAAAGCUUCAGUGUCCCCGUAUCAGUGGACCCUCAGGUGUGGUGCUCGUCUGCCCCACACCUGCCCACAUCUCGCUGCCCCCGUCGCCGUCUUUUGCAGGACCUUUCAAGAAGACUCCGCCGCCCCUCCAGGCUCUGAGCGGCGCGUGUCGCCCCCAGACACUCCAUAGACAUGCCGCUGUGCCCAGCCUGCGCCGGGCGUCGCCUCCUGAGUGGCAGUGACACCCAGCGCGGCGAGUGAGGCGACACGAGCGGGCCUCACCAAGCCUCCCGCCCACCCGUCACCACCUCGGGAGCGGGAUGAGCGUGUCGGGGGAGCUGGUGGUGAGCGGGGAGGAGCGUGAGGAGGCCGGCAAUGUGUCGCAGAUGCUCGUGGACCUGGCGCCCCUCAACUGCUCUUUCCUGUCGCUGGCGGAGGGACUCAACGCCACAAACUGCACCAAUGGCGGCGAAGUGUUCGACGGGCGCAUGUUCCCCCUGCUGAGCGAGACCGUGCAGCACGUGACGGUGGUGUUCCUGGCCCUCGCCUUCCUGGUGGGGCUGUGCGGCAACACGCUGGUCAUCUAUGUGGUCACCAGGUUCUCCAAGAUGCAGACGGUUACCAACCUGUACAUCCUGAACCUUGCCAUCGCGGACGAGCUCUUCGUGAUUGGUGUGCCCUUCCUGAUGACCACCACCAUCAUGGAGUACUGGCCCUUCGGCUUCAUCAUGUGCAAGCUGUACAUGAUCACCACCUCGCUCAACCAGUUCACCAGCUCGCUGUUCCUCACCAUCAUGAGCGCCGAUCGCUACAUCGCCGUGUGUCACCCCAUCAGCUCGCCAAAGUUCCGCACGCCCAUGAUCUCCAAGCUGGUGUCGCUCACCGCCUGGACGCUCUCCGCCCUCAUGAUCGUGCCGGUCUUCAUGUACUCCAACAUCCUGAACGAGAGCAACGGCCAGGCCAGCUGCAACAUCUACUGGCCGGACUCUGUGGGCGUGCGCGGCUACACCGUCUUCACCAUCUACUCCUUCGUGCUGGCCUUCGGCUGCCCCGUCACCUUCAUCUUCAUCUUCUACACGAUGGUGAUCCUCAAGCUGAAGGCGGUGGGCAUGAGGAACAAGUCCACCAAGAAGCGUAGCCACCGCCGAGUGACGCGCCUGGUGCUGACGGUGAUCACGGUGUACGUGCUGUGCUGGCUGCCCUACUGGGCCCUGCAGCUGGCGCUCACCAACAGCGUGGACAAGCAGGUGCAGAGCCGCUUCAUGGUGAUCCUCUUCAUCGUGUCCUCGUCUCUCUCCUACAUCAACUCUGCCAUCAACCCAAUCCUGUACGCCUUCCUCAGCGACAACUUCAAGAAGAGCUUCCUGAAGGCGUGCACUUGCGCCGCCCGCAGAGACGUCAACAACGUCCUCAUGGUGGAGAACUCUCUCUUCCCACGCCGCCGCGCCGGCUCCACCCUGCCGCCGCGCUCCCCCAGGCCCACUCAGGACGCCAAGACGCCUAAGGGUGGUCCCGGGGAGGUCAGUCCCAUGCCCCUGGCGGCCACCCGACGCCCUCUGCAACCUCGCGACGACGCCUUCCUCAACGGGCGGCCCAUCACCUCCCACCUGUAGUGCCGCCCACCCCGUGCUGCUUCUCAUUAACUUGUAUGCUGAUCCCGAGCCCCUUCCAUCCUGCCGCCUGCCACCCGCCGCCCAUCACCUUCCCUCUGUCCCCUCGCCCACCAUUCCUCUCUUUCCUCCCUCCCUCUUAGCGCAUCACAACACACCGUCACUCACCAUCAACAACAAUCACCUUUCAUUAUCAAUCAAUUAUCCCUUAACACCCCUAAUACCACCGCCACCACUACCACCGCCACCACCGCCACCAUUGACUAUCACCCAUCCUACAUCACCACCACCAUCACCGCCGCCGCCU